CGUCGGGGAGGAGGGGGCAAAGUUGAAUGUUCUGUGCCUGUUACGUGGCUGUCCCAGCAGCUCGCAGAGACAGCUCAUCCCAUUAGGGCUCCCCUUUUAUCCCGAAAAGCACACACCAGGCACAGGCCAAUCUGCCUCCCGCUGGCAGCAGCCUCGAAUUUGGUUGUUGAGGAGCAGAAAAGAAGGUGGAUGUGGCAGCCAUGGCACGGCUCUUUGGCUACGUGGAUGUGACUGACACUGGCUUCAUUGUGGCUGUGCUCUCCAUCGCCUUCAACCCACUCUUCUGGAAUGUGGUGGCCAGAUUGGAGCACAAAACACGAGUGUUCAGCCGAGUCUUCGGCUCUGCACAUGCUGCCUGUUACUGCCUGGGCGCCGUGAUCCUGCUGCUGAACUGUGUGCGGAGCCACUGCUUCACAGAAGCCAUGAAGAGCCAGCCAAAGCUGGAGGGCUGGGACUGCCACUGGACCUAUUACUCAGGCGUGGCCAUCUCGGCUGUGGGGACCUUGUUUGUCAUCUCCAGCUUCUUAGCACUGGGAUUCACUGGGACAUUCCUAGGUGAUUACUUUGGCAUCCUGAUGGAGGCAAAAGUGACCAGCUUCCCCUUCAAUGUCCUGGAUAACCCCAUGUACUGGGGCAGCACAGCCAUCUACCUGGGCUGGUCCCUCAUGCACGCCAGCCCAGCUGGCCUUUUGCUGACAGCUGUAGUGGCAAUUUCCUACACAAUCGCCAUGCUGUAUGAGGGGCCUUUCACAGAGGAAAUCUACCGGCAGAAACAGAAGGGAGUGAAGAACAAGUAGCCACAGAGCACUGUCUCAGGUACCUCGUGCCUCUCUGGUCCCCACACUGUCAGAUUUCCCUGUUUCCUACUGAGAUGUAUCCUACUAAUUAGCCCAGCAAACCUUUAAUGAGCUGACCGAGCUCCCUGCAGCACUGGAAGUGAUCAGAGGAACAGCCCGAGCGUGGUGGCAUCUCCUCACCACAGCCCAUGGGAGAUGGAGGUCCCUGUCCCCAGGUCUCUGUCCCCAACUCCGGGUCACUGCAGCUCCUGAUGCUCUCACAGGAAUUACACAAUGCGGGACCUCCUGACCUCUUCUCCCCCAGUGAUUAUUGGAGAUCUUCAGGGGAAAAAGCAAUUCUCUCUGGACUGGAGGGGCAUUUCACAAGUGAGCUCUGAGCAUGGGGAAGCACUGGCUCCAGCUGUUCCUGAAGAUCAUCUGAAGAUGCUGCCAAAGAGCCAUGGGAAGCAAACAAAAGCUCAGAUGAAGCAACAGAGAGGGUUCAGGAGCCCCUGAGGAUUCAAACAGAGCUGGGGAAGGUAGAGGGGAAACUGCUGCAAACUCAAACAACAGUAAAACAUGCUGCAAACCCAACAACAAACCCCCUCUUUGUCGGAAGAAGGAACCUCCCCAUCCAGAACUGCAGUUUCCACUUUGCAGAGGUCUCCCUUCACAGAGAGCCCUGCAGUGUCUCUGCACAAUUGCAAAUAUUCAAAGAAAGGUGACUGAAAAGCACAGAGAUGUGAAUGUAUGACCCAAACCACUGCCCAAGGGGGGUGGAGGGACGGCAGCUGUCCCAUGGGGAAACCCUAGCAUGGAGAAGACCCAGGGAAGAGUCAGUCCCUGUCUGCACCCUGCAGAUGUCUCACCCUGUUGAUGCCCCAGCCCCCUCCACACCCACCCAGUCCCUCCUUUUCCCUUAUGGGCCACAUGAGGGUCCUUCUGCUUUCCCCAGCACCCAGUGCCUUCCAGCUGUUUUUCACUGCCUUGCAGGGACAGUGGGUGGGAGGGAGAGAAAUGGCUGCUUCUGCCUUCCACACCAUGCAGCAGCCAGGUACAGAUCUGCCCCUCCGCCCCCUGCCACCAGCCUCAACAAGUCCCAGAAUUGCCCAGUGCUGGAUCCUGCCUUGAACAGAAAGACUUCAGAGGUGAUGCUCCAGAGCCAGGCUCUGUGUUUACAGAUUCCCAGAACAGUUUGAGAAAUAAACUGUAAAUGACCAAACAAGCAGCAAUGGCGUUGGAGAAGGAGCUGCUCCCGCACGGGCACCGGGAUGUGGUGCCACAUCUCAGCAUCACAAAAUCCCCUCCAUGGAGGGUCCUCCCUCUUCCCAGUGUCACCUCCACCAAACGGUUCCAUUUCCUUUUGCUUUUGCAUGUUGUAAUUCACCCUCCAGGCAUUGCUCAGCAGGAAUUAAAAGUGUUGGUCUCUUUUCAA